UCUCCUCAUGGUUGUCUCACAUCUCCCCGCGGAGGCGUGCCUACGCCGCUCAAAUACAGCGUUGCAGACGCUCGCUUGACUCAUUCGGUUUGUCAGAGCGUACAGUGAGGUAAGCAGAGCCGCGCUGCCCACGCCAAAGAUAACAUGCGAUUGUCUCGUACCAUACUCACUCCCGACAUUGUGAAACAACGCGUUCGUCUCGGUGUAUCGUGAAGCGCCACUACCGCUACAAUUUCGAGUUAGGUUCUAAAAGUUUUACGAGGUGACAAAAGCUACGACGGGUUGGACGUGUAUUUUCCAUUCAGCUGUUUGUGGAGCACGCAUGAUUUACCUGUGCCAGACCAAAAGCGAAGAUUGCAUGAAAGAUCUCAAGGCUGUACUCAGCUGUGCCACACUGGGAGGCUUACUGGACAAGCAGGAGAAGCAUCCCUGUGACUCCAAAAAACUGUCUCCGCUUCUAUCAUCUCCCACGAUGGCUCUGGCCUCAUUUCAUCUGAUGCAGACUCUAAAGAACUCGCCGGCGGCUCUGCGUCGACGAUUCCGUCGCGACCGAACGGAGAGCCUGUCUCAUGGCGAUCCCCUCUUCAAGGUGCACUACCUCGGCACCAAGAAGAUCUUCUCCCUGGACUUGGAGCAGGCGGAGGACGCCAUCGAUCGACUGUUGGAUGGGGCCCCUGGGAAGCUUUCUAAAGAUCACGCCCUGGUAGUGCGACCCCGAUAUGUUGAAGUUAAAGAACUGAGCACCGGAAGACAGCUCACAAAGACCUACUUGCAGGAUAUUGCGUACUGUGCUUCGCACACGGCCAGACCCAAUGUGUUUCUGUACAUCUGCAGGCAGCCCGGUCAGCAACUGCAAUGUAGAGUGUUCUGGUGCAGUCGGGCAGAAAGGGCAAAGGACAUGACCGCAUGCCUGGCGAUGUCAUUUCAGCGAGCACUCAAUGACUGGCAAGGUGGAUGUGCCACGUUGCCGCAAGCAGAAGGGAUCGCUAAAGAGCCAGAGAUUCCUGGUACACCCACACCCAAAGGGUCAACGUUGCCAGCUAGUUUGGGAAAAGUCCGAUGGAAGAAGAGGGGGUCGGUGUCCCGCAGUCCUCUCCGUGCCAUUUCCAGAAUAGGUUCUGCCAGUGACAACUGGCAUUGAUGGUCUCCAUCCCACCCUGAACCUUGUCCACAUUCAUUUUGUGAUGCUUGGGAAUUUCCAGCAUGGAAAGUGAGGAAAAGGACAACCACACCUAGAACUGGUGGAACUUUUGAGCAUUGAUAAAGUUUGUGACUCAAGUCUGAAGUUUGAGUUUAUGGAUUUACCAAAGUGAUAGGUUUCCAGACUGAGAGGUUCUUUGGUUUAGGAAACUGAUGGGUUCAUGCUGGUUUAAAUUUCAUCUCGGGAUUAAGAGACAAAACCAAAAGUGUCAUCUGAGCUGGUAUCUGGUUUUGAAGACUUGUAUGUAUCACAGAGUUGAGUUUUUCCAGUCAGUCUCCUCUGUGUACAGUACAUGUCUGGGUAGUUUGUAAAUGUGACUGAUGAGCAGUGAGAUAGUUUUUGUUUGUAUUAGAGGUGUCAGGUAAGGAUCUGUGUGGGAAGUGGGUGGACGCAUGAUGGUAAACAGUCGCAGGACCAGGACGUCAAAGCAAGCGCUUUGAAAAUGUGUUUCUAUCCCAAAUGCAUAAAGGAAGCAAUGCUUUUUAUGCUGUAAAUGGCAUUUUAAAGACAAUCAGUUUUAUUCUAAACUACUGUAUGCUUUCACCUGCUCUUUUUCUCCAUAUGGCCAAAACUUCCACACAUUGUUAACUGAUGAUUGAAUUAAUAUUACACCCUCAAUGUGUCCAUCAUUCAUGGUUUAUUAUUUACUGUGUAUUUGUAAACCGACUUGACAAUCAGUGCUCAUUGUAAUUUGGCAAUUGAAAAGUGAGAGGUACUGAUUCUUCUUUCUGGUUGGUCUAUCAUAGCCAUAUCCUGCUUUGCUUGGUUCUACCUCAGUUUGCCAUUUUUAUUUAGAAUUUGAGUGGUUCAAGCUUUGAACUUGACUUGUAGGUUCUAAUUCCAGACAGAUAAUGAAGAAACGAGUUCGUGGUAUUGCUGUGUGCUCUUAAAAUGAGAAUAUUCUCUAUGCACCUGCAUUCCAGCAGUUUCUAGACUUUUCUCGGUAACUGCAAGUUGUUUUACUACAUCAGCCCAUUUUUUUCUAAAAAUAAAAAAAGCCAGCUUAGCCACUGUCUCCAGGCAACAGCUUAUGACAUCAGAAUGCUGACUGAUUCAGGUAUGCUUCCAUAGAAAGACAUGUCCUUGAAAAAGCAGCAUUUUCAUGUAGUUAUAAAUCACAUGGAAGCAUUUUUAAGUGGCCUGUUCACAUAAACCAAGUAUUUUAAACAAGGACACCCUGCUUCGCAUGACUGGAACAAUAGUACAAUAGUACAAAAGGUUGUCCAGCACCAUAAGUGGCUAUUUCCUUCACACUUACAUACGCUCUCUAAGAGCUGCUUCUUAUAACAAUAACAUAUAGUUAGUGCCUCACGGUAUUAAAAAUUCUGCCUGAUGUGUUAGGCCAAUUACAUCAAAGGAUUUUUUUUUUCAUUUUAUCCUUAUGGAUUUUAUUUAAAGUUGUAUUAAAUCGUAUCUCGCACUACAACGACCUCAGAUCUGUUGUUGGAUCUGUUCUGUCUGCUUCAUGAGGUGUUUAAUGUUCUGUGAAUGUUCUCGUACCUUAUUUUAAACCUGUUUUUGUGUACAUAUUUAAAUACGAAAUGUAUUUUAUGAAAUAUUAAACUUUUUAUACAUGAAA